GGAGAUUUCAGAUUUAUGCAGAGUCAUUAAAUGGUCCAGAACGAUAUAAAAUGUGGACGGGAUGGGACUAGACAACCAGUCUACUAGCAGCAUCAAUCCGGAGCAGAAAUGAAAUCAUUCGUCUGUGUAAUUCUAGUCGCCGUCCUGGUGGGAGUCAAUGCUCUAACCGAGGAACAACUCAAGAAAGCCGACAGUUUUGCCGUCGAGUGCCUGGAGAAAUCGAAUGGAGUGUCCAGCGAGACUGUGAGCAAGCUGCGCAGUGGUGAUUUUGCUGACGUCAAUCGGGACUCGAAAUGUUUUGUGCAAUGCUUCUUGGAACGAGCCGGCUUCAUGGAUGCCGAUGGAAAUCUGGUUGAUGACUAUGCCAUUGAACGACUAUCGUUGGACCGCGAGAAGAGCAAGGUCGAAGCUUUGGUUAAGAAAUGCAGCAACAAGAUGGAUGAUCCAUGUGACACCGCCUUCCGUGCUUUCGAGUGCUAUUACAAUGGGAAAUCUUCGUUGUUCUGAAUGUGAUACUGCAAUAAAAUGUGAUGUGAUUUAA